AUGUGGGACGGCGGGCGGCGCGCCUUCCUGUGCUCGCAGUGCCCGCGCGCGCGCUUCCGCGGCUACGCCCCGCUGCUGCGCCACCUGCGCCAGCACAAGGGCCCCGCGCCCUUCGCCUGCCUCGUGUGCAGGGCGGCGUUCAACCGCAGGGACUACCUGGCGGCGCACAUGCGCUCCCACAAGGGCGACCGGCCCUUCCGCUGCCCGCGCUGCCCCGCCGCCUUCACCACCGACUUCUACCUCGCCCUGCACCGCCGCUCCAACGAGCACUAG